AUGUUCCUGCAGUAUUACCUGGAUGAGCAGGGAGAUCGGGUGUACACCAUGAAGAAAGUGGCUCCCAGUGGACAGCUGACCUCUUCAGCCCAUCCAGCCCGCUUCUCUCCCGAUGACAAGUAUUCCCGACAUCGCUUCUCCAUCAAGAAGAGAUUUGGCCUCCUGCUCACCCAGCAGCCCCGGCCGGUUUUAUGAGGCUGGCCGGUGCGGAGGAACGAAAGCUGGACUUGAAAUCUCUCAGCUCCUUCUUACCACAUUCACUCUUGUUGGACAUUUGUGACCUUAUCUAUCACUUAACAUGGGAGGGGUGUUUUCUGA